AUGUCUCAGUCACUGGCGGACAUCAUCGCCGCCCUGCCGGAUGGUGAUGGCUGGGGCCCCGCGGUCACGACCGAACUCACUUUGAACGGCGUCCCGUAUGCGCCGUUCUCCAAGGGUGACAAGCUGGGACGCAUGGCAGACUGGACCGACGGCAAAGAUAGGGACGGCCGUGGCGGCAGGCAACAGUACAACAGGAACUUCCGUGACCAGCAGGUUUACGGUGCCGGCACAGCCUCGCUCUUCUCCGCCCCCCUGGCCGAGGACGAGUCGACAUUCUCCGUCGUCAGCAACGUACGCGACAGCACCAAGACAAGAUUCGGCCGUGGCGCCGUCUUCACCCGUGGCGGCAGAGGCCAGCGGGGCGCACGUGGUACAGAGCGUGGAGGCCGGGCACAGCUUUCCCGGGGACGCGGUGGACAGUACGGAGGUGGCUACGACAGGGGCGGAAGGUCCGCUGCGGGCGGCAGGGGAGGCCGGAGGUUCGGCUGGAAGGACUACGACAAGCCGGCACGCAACCGGGACGCCUCGAUCAACGUCAAGGCCGACUGGUCGCUGCUCGAGGAGAUCGACUUCAACCGUCUCGGCAAGCUCAACCUGGACGCCGACGAGGGCGAGGACGUCGACUCGUACGGCUUUGUUCACUACUACGACCGCUCAUACGACAAGCCUGCCGUCAAGUCGGCCGAGCGCAAGCUCAACCCCAUCGAUCGUGCCGCCUACAACGUUACCACCUCGCUGGAUCCCGUCAUCCAGGAGCUGGCCGAAAAGGAUGAGGCCACACUUUUUGCUACCGACAGCAUUCUGUCAACGCUCAUGUGCGCUCCGAGGUCCGUUUACCCCUGGGAUAUUGUCAUUGUCAAGCAGGGCAACAAAGUAUACUUUGACAAGCGCGACAAUGCCGCACUUGACAUGGUCACCGUCAACGAGAACGCCGUUGAUGCGCCCCUUGAGGCCUCAGAGGGUAGCAAGGACAGCAUCAACCAGCCUUCAGCGCUGGCUGAGGAGGCUACCUACAUCAACCACAACUUUGUCAACCAGGUUGUCAUUGAGAAUGAGAACCAAAAGGUCGAAAUGGAGCACGAGAACCCGUUCUACAAUGCUGCCGAGGAGACGGAGCCGCCGGCAUCCAAGGCCUACAAGUACAGGAAGUUUGAUCUUUCCACCAACGACGAGGAACCAGUCUACCUGGUCGUCCGCACAGAGCUGGACGCUGUGCAAAAGAACUCGACCAACGGCGAGGACCAGUUCCUGACGGUGCGCGCGCUCAACGAAUUCGACAACAAGGCCCAGGGCUCGGGUGGUGCGCUCGACUGGAGGAGCAAGCUCGUCAGCCAGCGUGGUGCCGUUGUUGCGACCGAGAUGAAGAACAACAGCUGCAAGCUGGCCAAGUGGACCGUCCAGAGUAUUCUGGCCAAGGCAGAUGUCCUCAAGCUUGGUUUCGUCUCGAGAGCAAACCCCAAGUCCAACGACAAGCAUGUCAUUCUGGGUGUCAUUGGCUGGAAGCCCAAGGACUUUGCCACCCAGAUGAACCUUCAGCUUUCCAACGGUUGGGGUAUCGUCCGCACGAUCGCCGACAUGUGUCUCAAGCGCGAGGACGGUAAGUACGUCCUCGUCAAGGACCCCAACAAGACCAUUCUGCGUCUGUAUGAGGUACCUGCGGGUGGACUUGACGAGGAAGACGACAACGGCGAGAUGGGUCAGGAGGAGGACGAGGAGUAG